GCCCCGGAGAGGGCCAUGCGGGCGCCCGGCGGCGAGUGAGGCGGCCCGGCCCGGCCCGGCCGGGGCCCCGCGGGCCAUGUACGGCGACGUGUUCAACGCCACGGCCGGCCCCGAGGCGGCGGGGGGCGGCGCGCCGGCGCCGGCGCUGGCGGCCACGGUCAAGGCGGAGGGCGCGCUGCCGCUGGAGCUGGCCACGGCGCGCGGCGUGCGGGACGGCGCGGCCGCGAAGCCCGACCUGCCCACCUACCUGCUGCUCUUCUUCCUGCUGCUGCUGUCCGUGGCGCUCGUCGUGCUCUUCAUCGGCUGCCAGCUGCGCCACUCGGCCUUCGCCGCGCUGCCCCACGACCGAUCGCUGCGCGACGCCCGCGCGCCCUGGAGGUCGCGGCCCGGGUAGCGGCGCGGAGAGCCCGGCGGCAGGCGCGGUGUCCCGGGGUCCGACCUGCCGCGGCGCCCCCGGGAGCCCGCGACCCGGACUAACCGCGG